AUGGCAAGCGUUGCGCCAGCGGAAGCUUUCCAUUCCGAAGCAGAUGAUUCGAAAAAAGAUGGUCAUGGUACAGUCAGGAGACGCUCUCUAGGGGGUGGUCUCGUCCUAGUCAUCCCUGAGAAGCAGGGACCGUUCAAGCGCAACAUGGUGGUGUGGUCCAGCAGGCUCAGGCCGCUGUUAGAGAGCCUGAUCUUCCGGGUGACGCUGGUUGCCUGCCUCAUCUUCGCAUUGUUUGGUGGGGGGUUAUUCGUCGUGCUAGACGUGCCUGAUGACCCUGGCAUCUUGGUCCUGGACACGUUGAUGGCAGCGGUCACCAUCCUGUUUCUGAUAGAAAUGGUUGUCAACGGCAUAGUGGACUACAAGACAUAUCCCUUGUCGUUCUUUUUCUGGAUGGAUGCAUUGGGAACGGCGUCCAUGAUUUUCGAGAUCUCGACACUCCUGGGAAGCUUUGGCAAAAUGCAGACUGCCAACGGAUCCGUCGAUGCUAUGCUGAUGCGCACGGCCAGGGCAGCGAAGGUCGGUGCUCGCGUUGGACGUCUUUCCAAGCUUAUGAAGUGCUUGAGCUAUUAUUUGAGGGACAAGGACAAGAAUAUGGAUAUGUCGAGUAACCCUGCAGAAGCCAAGAAGCUUUCAACUCGUUUGAUGAUGACUCUGUCCACGAAGGUGUCAUUCCUAACCAUUCUGCUGGUGCUUGCAGUGCCUCUCUUCACAAUCGGGCAGUAUCCAGAGCAGGAUUUAUCCAUGUUGCUCUGGGCCAAGAGACUGGAAACUGAGUACAAGCGUGCCUAUGACGAGUUGACGGGACUUCCUCCGGGAAGCACCUCCACACAGUUCCAGGACUCUGUGGAAGAGAUGAAAGAGUUCUACACCAUGGUUAACUAUUUCGUGUAUGACUUGGACGGCUUUGAACAGGAGGUGAUGGUAAAUGGAAACGUUUCCUACAUCCCUGGCGUUGCGCAGCUCAGUGACCUUCCUGGUGUGGUCCAGAUGUCUGACAUCUACCGGGUCUCCGUACCUGCAUGCCUUGUUGAACGCCCCGAGUGCCCAGGAGAUGCUCACUUGUACUUCAACUUCCACAGCCCUCGACGGAUCGAAGUGACAGAAGACAUGGCCUUGGCCUUCUUCAUCAUUUUGCUGAUGAUCGGUGUGUCUACCAAUUUGAACCAGACACUCCACAAGCUGGUCGUGCAACCAAUGGAAAGCAUGUUAUCGGUGGUCAAGGACAACGCGGCCCAGUUGUUGAAGCAGUUUGGGCUUGAAGACGACAUGGAUCAAGGAGAAGAGGAUGUGGAAGAAACGGAGCUGUUGGAGGGCAUCUUCAAGAAGUUCGCGCGACUUGCAAGCCUCGCGGCCGGGCGCAAUGAAGCCACGGCUGAAGAGCUGGCAGGAAUGGAUGAGUCAGCACGAGGAGUCAUGAUGGACAUGAUGAACGUACAGGUGGCACCGGCUUCGACAAGCGAUGCAGCUGCGUCUAGCUCUCUCCGCAACAGUGGAGUUUCCCACCCCAACACAGGGUCUGAAGGUCUAGAAGCUGGUGAAAUGUCGGCCAUGCUGGACUUGCCGGAUGUGCCCGUUGUGAGUUCAAUGCCUGUCGCAAGGGACACGGUGGAGUCUUGGGAGUUGGAUGUUCUGUCAAUGGACACCGACGCUCAAACGAAGGUUGCGCUUCACAUUUUCUUCGACUCCUUGGUUGGACGAACAACGGGUCGAUACUGGACUGAGGCGGCGACGUUCAAGCGAUUCCACUCAGUAGUCAAAGCUGGUUACAACGACCUCCCAUACCACAAUUAUUCCCAUGCAUGUGAUGUGCUGCACACCGUUUACAGAUUGCUUUGUUUGUCGGCCUCGAGCAAGUGGCUGGGAAGUGUUGACCAGUAUGCACUUCUCGUAGCAGCACUCUGUCACGACAUUGGGCACGCCGGACGGACGAACCCGUUCUUGGUAGAGCUGGGGGAUGAACUGGCGCUGCGAUACAACGACAAGUCCCCGCUGGAGAACAUGCACUGUGCGAAGCUGUUUGAGAUCGCCUCCAAAGAAGAGUCGGAUGUCUUCAAGCAAAUGGACAAGGACACAAAGAAGCAAGCGAGGCGGGUCUGUAUCGCGUCGAUCCUUCACACAGACAAUGCCAACCACUUUGACAUGGUUAGAGAGAUCAGCAAGAUCUACGAGUUGACGUCGGAAGUGUGCAACGCGCAAGCUCGUCACCCAGAUCUGCUCCCCCAGUAUGUCGAGCAGGUCAUGCAGAAAAAUUGCAUGCAGUGGGUAGAGCUAUUCUUGCACUUUGCGGACGUGUCGAACCCCUUGAAGCCUUUUGACAUCUGCAAAAAAUGGGCCUGGCGGGUGCUGGAUGAAUUCUUCGAGCAGGGUGAUGAGGAGAAGCGUUUAAGCCUUCCCGUUGGAAUGCUGAACGACCGCGACAAGAUUAAUCGGCCUGGCUCGCAGCACGGCUUCAUCCAAUUCCUGGUCGCACCCCUCGUUUACACAACAGUGAAGAUCUUCCCCGAGCUCCAUCCG